UCUUCUUACAUCUCUCUAUGUAUACUUUCUUCCUUAGUUCAAAAGCAAACAAAAUGGAUUUCAGCAUAUCCGGAUGGGAGAAAGAUAUUGAUACUUGGAGGAGACGUCUUGCACUGGAAAAUAUGGGCUGGAAGGGCGAGGCCGUAUAUUAUAUAAAUCGUAAAUCUAUUGGUCUUCGUAAGAAAGGAAGAGCUGCAAUAACAGUUGAAUUAUGCGAAAUGAAGAAAGUGCAUCUUCAAGAUUUACCGAAUCUAAGAAGCUUUUCCUCAGGAGACACUCUUAAAUGGUCAUCAUUAUUAGAGAAUGUGGUUUUGAAGGACUGUCCCAAAGUGAAGAAGUUUGGUUUGGGAAUGAUAAAAGAAUCAGAGUUAAAAUCGAUUCUAAUAACAGAAAAUGAAGAGCAAAUUGACCCUCAGACCAAGCUUUCAUAUCUUUUUGAAUUAUUGGAUGACAAACUCUCACUUAUUACUAAUUACAGUAUAUCUAACAAUCAAGAGUUAUAUGAGAUACUCUAUAAUCUUCAAAGUUCCAUUUCACCAACCUUCAAAUUCUUCAGAUUCCAGAGCUCUUCAAGAAUCAUCUACAACAAAUUACUUAUUCCCAAGUUCAUUGUUGGUGGAAAAAUUGAAGAUACUUUAUGUCAUCAAUAUGAAUGUAGAGAAGCUUUGGCACUGGAAUUACCCCUCCAAAUCAUUUUGUGAACUUGAAAAUCUAAGUUUGACCAACAACAACAAAUUGUUGACUGCUAUCUCCUCAAACAUGGUCACAAGAUUCAAGAAUUUGAGAAAAUUAACUUUGAACAAAUGUGAAUUAUUGACAAAGGUAUUUGAUUUUGAAGAUGACAAUCUUGAUCAUAAAAUUCAUGAAAUACUUCCUCAACUAGAGGUGUUAGCAUUGAUUAACCUAAUCAAAUUGAAGUAUCUAUGGAAUAAGGAACCUCAGAGUUUCAUUUUUCUCAAAUUUGGUAUCAAUUUACAUUUUCUACUGUCACAACCUCAAAAGUUUAUUCUCACUUUCUUCAAUAAAAAAUC